AUGGCGUACAACAGCGACAGAAACCGACUCAUCCGCUACCAGUCUGGAGAGUUCGUUCCCCAGGCGUCACAAACAACUCCAAAUUUCUAUCAUUCUCCUUCAUAUAAUCAGCACACAACCCAAUACGUUACCCCAGCGCCGCAGAGUGACGCAAAUACCCAAUGGUCAGAUACAAGUUCUACCACGAACUUGUCUGAAACAGCAUCUAUAUCAAGGUCAGAGAAAGAGAGGCUGAUUCGCGAAGACACAGAGAGGGAUCGCCGACAUUGUAACAAAUGGAAGGAAUGGGCCCGUAAACAGGAUGAAGAAGAUAGACCAGCAUUGAAAUUUGCAGUCGAGAAUGCUCGUAGAGAGGAGUAUAGAUGUAAGCUCGAGGCAUUGGAUAGACAGACGCGGGAACGUGAGAAACUAAAAGCGAAGACUGAUAGGGAUUGGAGGGUUCAUUUACAGAGAUUGGAAGCUGAUGAGCAGUCGGAAGCUGAUAGGCAAAGAAGGUAUUCUGACAGACGGGCGAGGUUACGCACAAGUUCCUCAAACAACAAUCACUCGAGAAGGGAGCAAGCCACUAGAUACGCGUCGGGAACAUCAGGUCAACGACUUCCCUACACGCCUUUGUCGGAUGAAGCCCUCAUUGGUAUUGCAAAGGAAAGCGAGAAGAGAAGUAAACGCAGAUACUAG